GAACGAAUCGCAAAAAUCCCCCCGCGCCCAACCACACCGCACCACCCGUGGUCUCUGGUCUGGCGUGGGAGGGGAGAGGAGGAGAGGCGAAUGCGAUGCGGUGAUGGCUGAUGAUGAGGGGAGCGGGAGAGCCAGCAGGCAGCAGGAGGCAGCCGCGGGAGGCCGGCAGCCGACCGACCCCGGGACGUGGACGUGGUGACGCGGUCGGCCGGAAAUCAACCAACCAACCAGCGGACCGACGCGGCGCCCGGGUCGUGGCGGGCCCGCCGCGUCAGCCUCCGCGGCGCCGUGCCGACCAAACAGGCGGCGGGUUCUCGCGGGAGGGGGAGGGAGGAAAGGAAAGAAAGGCUACUCGGGGCAGGCCAGGCCAAACGCGGAGUCGCCGAGGACACGGUGAGGACGGCAGAGGAGAGGAGAACAGGGCAGCGAGCGCGUGGUCGGAGGCGAGGCGGAGGAGGGGAGGGGGGGAUGCGGCGGUCGAGGCUGCCGCCGGUCCCGGCGCCGGCGGGGCACGGCGGGGCGGAGGUGAAGUACCGCGGGGUGAGGCGGCGGCCGUCGGGGCGGUACGCGGCCGAGAUCCGGGACCCGGCGCGGAAGACCCCGAUCUGGCUCGGCACCUUCGACUCCGCCGAGGCCGCCGCGCGCGCCUACGACGCCGCCGCCAGGAACAUCCGCGGCGCUGCCGCGCGGACCAACUUCCCCUCCUCCGCCGCGUCCCCCGCGGUCGCACCGGUGGCGGUGGUGCCGCCUCCUCCGCAGCACCCCGUCACGGCGGCGUCGGCGGCGGCGACGUCUAGCCACAGCAGCACCGUCGAGUCCUGGAGCGGCGGCGGCGGAAGCGGCGCGCCGGGCGCCGUUACGGCGGGGUUCCUCCGCGGCGCCGCCCCGGCUGCCGAGGAGGACUGCCGCAGCUACUGCGGGUCGUCCUCCUCGGUCCUCUGCGAGGACGGCGCGUCGGGCGCCGGCGCCGGCGACGAGGCCGCCGCGCCGCCGCGGUGCUCGCCGCUGCCCUUCGAUCUGAACGUGGCGGACCCGGAGGCGGCCGCCGCCGCCGACGAGAUGGACUGGCGCUGCGACACGCUGCUCCACCUCUAGCCGCCGCCGCCGCCUCGGCGAACCAGCCACGAACCAACUGCAAAGCACUGCCCCCGAAAUGGUACCGGAUCGUGCUCGCUUCUUCGUGUUCUUGGGCUGCCUCAUCCGGUGGAGCAGUGCUUACUGCCGAGUGCUAUCUCGAUAGACAUUGAUAAUUUUUUUUCCUGCUUCUUUUAGUCUCUUCUACCGCUGUCAAGAUUCGGUAAUACUUUGUGAUAAUGUGAAUAACAAUCAUGUGCUCCGUCGAGAGAAUCUGUUCUUGUAAUCUUCCCGUGUAUCUCUACCUAUAGUAUGGUGUCUUCUGUAUCCACGGCCUCUUGCUGUAAUUCCGAAGAAGACAAUGGAAUUAAGAGAAAUUUACACAGACCUUUGCUUCUGCUGAA